AUGCCACCAUCCCUUGCACAUAUGGAAUCAUCAGUAACGCUGCAGGGAUCAGAACACGAAGAUGACGGAGAAGACGAGACCGAAGGCUCGAAGCGAGAGGAAUCCACUCCAGCUGGCCCUGUCUCCCAAGAAGACGGACGUACCCCCGAAGCAUUAAAGGAAGCAGACUCGUGGGGUUUCGUCGUCUACCGCACGACUUUCAAGCAAAAGCUUUCGAGACACGUCGAGCGCGGACGUGAUGCUAUUGUUGAUGCACGUGGAGAUCCGGAUGGCGUGAUUUUCGACUUCAUCGAAGACGAACCCGAGCUCGAUGGCGCUACUGCUGAGCAAGUUCGACUGAGGCACGACCCUUCCUACGUCUCUCCGGCCGUCGAUCCGGAAGCGGCAGAGGAUCAAGUCGUCCCUUCGGAGCGCGAUGAUGGUUUAUGCGGCGCUGUUUUUCUCAUGAUCGAUAGGGACGCAAUGGAAUCGGUCAUUCGUCACCCAGCGAGAGGUAACCCCUACGUUGUUGCUGUGGAUGCGAUCAAUAAUCAUUACGAGGAAGGUGUGUUUGAGGGCACAAUGAAGAUCCAUGCGGAUGAUUUUCUGACAGAAUUAUCUGCGGAGUAUCAAGGACAAUGUGCUGGGUGA